GCGCGCCCGCGCCCGGGGAUUUCAGGGGGCGGCAGGCGCGGGCGGCGCGGGAUCCCGGGGCGACUCCGCCGCGCGCGACCAAGGCACUGGUGUUUGAACGGGAAGCUUCACAACGUUUAAAAGAAUCUUCAGAGCAGCUUUGAACCAGACAAACUAGAAAUCUCUUCAGAACACCGCCUCCGGCAUGCUUCUCCCCUGUUGGGCUUUCCUGGCUGGGGGGUUUUUGGAGAGGUCGUUCUGCAGGGAGCCAGAAUGCUGAUCCUCAUGAAACCAGCUUAGUGGAUUUGACUUUUAUGGGAGAAUCCUCUUGCUUUAUUAUAUACUCUCUGCCAGACUUCUAAGAGGCGUGGAAGCAUUCAUGGCACUGACGAGCCUGUGGGGAAGCAAGUAGCACUUUCAUGCUGAAUGAUCACCAGGCGGGUGGCAGUUUCGUGGAAAACAUUUCAACCUUUCACGUCUGGAUUUCCUGGAUCGGGGACACAGAGGAACGGUGGCUGCUGGGGCGUAAGGACUGCUACCAGACACAAAACUCCAAAUAAAUAGAAUGAGGGCGACAGGCAAGUAAAUGGCCACCACUACCUCAACAGAGCCGACGUCAGCCUCCUGGUGGAAUUAUUUUUUCCUUUAUGAUAGUUCAAAGGUAAAGGAAGAAGGGGAUCCAACGAGAGCUGGCAUUUGUUAUUUCUAUCCUCCUCAGACCCUUUUGGACCAGCAGGAUUUGCUCUGUGGACAGAUUGCUGGCGUUGUGCGCUGUAUCUCUGACCUCUCUGCCUCUGCCCCUGCCCUCAUUCGUCUGCGGAAACUGAAGUUCGCCAUCAAGGUUGAUGGAGAGUACCUUUGGGUACUAGGGUGUGAUGUGGGGCUCCCUGACCAUAGCUGCGAGCAGUUUCUGGAUCAGCUUGUUGGAGUCUUUAAUUUUUACAAUGGGCCCGUUGCUCUGGCUUAUAAGAACCGUUCUCAGGAAGACCUGCAUGCCGAGUGGGACGCCUUCAUUGACCAGAUUCUGAGGAACACUAGUGAUCUGCACAAGAUAUUCAGUUCCCUCUGGAACCUGGACCGAACUAAAGUGGAGCCACUAUUGUUGCUGAAGGCAGCCCUCAUUCUGCAGACCUGCCAGCGCUCGCCUCACAUUCUAGCUGGCUGCAUCCUCUAUAAGGGACUGAUUGUUAGCACCCAGCUCCCACCCUCCCUCACGGCCAAGGUCCUGAUUCAUCCAGCUGUACCUUGGGACCAGAGAAGAUCUGCAGGAGGGGGUGCCCUGCAGGAAAAUGGAGCGGCACUACCCCCAAAUGUCCGGAUCAUGCCUGUGUUCCUGACUGAAGAAGAGGCCAUCAGCCUCUGUGAAUUCCCAAGGGAGCAGGCAGCUAGCCCUGCUGCACCACCCACCAGACUCCAGGAGUGCUCAGCCCAGCAGCCUCCACACACUUGGAGCACAGCUGCCCCAACAGAAAAUGCCACUGGACACGUGGAGCCCAUGGCUUGGAUGUUGGCAACCACUCCUGAGUUUGUGUGUCCUGACGUAGCAUGGCCAGAUGGCAAGGGGGAGAAUGGGCACUUGCCUGGCCGUGAUCUGGAGAACAUUAUGCCUGCAAAACUGCACCAUCCUUCCAGGGACGAGGGUCCUGGUCUUGGCAGCUCCCUAGCAAAGGAACCUCGUCUGCCCUGGGAGGAAGAGGAACCAGACCUGUCUGCAAUCCACAUUCCAGAAGCUCAGGAAACAGAAACAUCCUCAGGUGAUUUUGCCCUCUUGAGUAUGGGCACCCCAGAUGGUGGUAGUCCUGGCUUUGAGGAAUCUGUCAGGGACUCUGGUGACCGGGAACCUGAGCCACCUGACCCACUGCUUGUGGGCAUAGCCACCAGCAGCCUCCUCUCUCUGUCUACUCCUGAGAUGCUCAUCCAGAGUGGAGCUGUGGAACAGCAUGACGACCUUCCAGGAGAUAGCAGCCAAGAUGCCUCUCCCAGGAAAGACCACCUCCCCAGAAGGACAAACAGGCCUCGGUCAUGGCCUUGCUUAGACUGGAGGCAGAGAGGCACCAUGCUUUCCGUGGGGAAACAGGGCGCAGAGCAGUGUGUUGGGGUUCAUGACAGCUCCUCAACACCCGGCAGCUCAGACCUGGCAGGGUCUCAGGACGAUGGUACUUCUGCAGACAGAAGCGACCCUGGGUCAACACCAGCAUCCCGUGUGGGCCUUGUGCCAAUGAAUCUCUACACGCACAGUGUUAAUGGUCUGGUGCUGUCCCUGCUGGCCGAGGAGCUGCUGCUGGGCGACGAAGCAGCCGUUGAGGAGGUGUACCACAGUAGCCUGGCAUCCCUGAAUGGGCUGGAGGUCCACCUGAAGGAGACACUGCCCAAGGAUGCAGCUGCCAUUCCCAGCAGGACGUACAACUUCACGCAUUAUGACCGCAUCCAGAAUGUGCUGACCGCAAACCUGCCACAGGUGGCCACCCCCCAGGACCGCCGCUUCCUCCAGGCCGUCAGCCUCAUGCACGCAGACUUUGCCCGGCUGCCUGCUCUGUAUGAGAUGACCGUCAGGAACGCCUCCACAGCAGUGUACGCCUGUUCCAAUCCUGCCCAGGAGACCUACUUCCAGCAACUGGCAGCAGCCGCACGCAGCUCCGGCUUCCCCAGUCCUCAGGACGGCGCCUUCAGCCUCCCGGGCAGAGCCAAGCAGAAGCUGCUGAAGCACGGGGUCAAUUUGCUGUGACCUGGGCCGCAGUGGGAACCUCAUGACCCCGGGUGAGCACUAGCAGAUCAAGUACCAGCAAAAAGGAAGCUCUGCCUUUUUAAACAGAAAAGGGUCCCUCUGUUUUCCAUUUCUUGGUAUAUUCCUGUUUUUAGGAACUGUGAUGAUAUGUGUCUGUUACCUCCUUUUGUAGACUGAGUUUUGAGUGGGGAGUUCUUCAGGUCAGCAGACCUAGAGCACGAGAUGAAGAGUUUUGUUACAUUGGCCACAUUGGCUUUGGCUUUGUGGCUCCUUGUACCAAAGAUGGGGCAGGGCCAGGUCGUGUGCCUGUCACACUGCGUCCGAGGCACCUGGUAUUUCUCAUUGCUAUUCCAUCGAGGCCUUAACUAGUACCAUGAACAUUCUGGUGAGUGUUUUCUCCAGAACCCUGUUGUACGGAGUCCAGUGGACAGUAUGGGGCAGGGCUGUGCAGGGGGGUUGGAAGUUGUCAGCAAGCAGUCCGGGACUUCCACACCUCAGGUGGGUGUUCCUCAGAGUGGUCUUCCCAGGAGGUCUGGACUCUGGAUGCAGGGAGGCAGGCAGUGAUGUCGAAACCACCUUAUUUGCAUUCUUCUGGAAUUAUAUUUAAACCCAGGAGCCUGUUCUUUGGAACCCCCACAGUGGGGGCAGAUCUUGAUAAUGUGGAAGGGAGCCUGGGGUUUUGAGGUAACUCUUAAGACCAGGGAAAUAGGUGAUGGCACACCAGCCUGUGCUCCUUUGCUGCAAGGUGGGCCAGGCGUUGGCCCCUCAUGAGUGAGUGUCCUCAACGAGGAGUUUCCAGAAUGUCUGGGACAAAAGCAAAAGUGUGCUGCCCAGGGGUGGCUUUGUGAAGGGGUCUGGCUGUCAUCUGUGUUCCUGCCCAUGUUACAGGCAGAUGGUUUAUGAUAAUGUGAUGCAGAUCACAGCAUGAAAUAUUCACCAGAGCCUUAACUGUUUACUGGAAGUACCCGAGAUCCCAUUUGAAAACUGCAAUGUUAAUAAUUUCAUAUCGGCGAACAAGUAUCUAAUGUUGGUGACUGUCUUUUUCUUGAAAUGAGUUGUCAAAGGCUAAAAAUAAAACAGUCGAAAAUGCUA